AUGAAAGAAGAUGAUGUGCUUAAAAUCCUUGCAGCACAACUUCAUAUUGGUUCAAAAGAUGUUGAUUAUCAAAUGGAUACCUAUGUAUGGAAGAAAAAACCAAGAAGUGAAGGUUCAUCUGUAAUUAAUAUCCGUAAAUUUUGGGAAAAACUUAUGCUUGCUGCUCGAGCUAUUGUUGCUGUGGAAAAUCCAGCUGAUGUUUGCGCCAUUUCAUGUCAACCUCAAGGUCAACGUGCUGUGUUGAAAUUUGCUAAAUAUACAGGUGCUACAGCUAUUGCUGGUCGUUUUACACCUGGUUCAUUUACAAAUCAAAUUCAGGCUGCAUUCAAAGAACCACGCCUAAUUAUUAUUACUAAUCCACAUGUUGAUCAUCAAGCUGUAAGUGAAGCUUCAUUUGUCAAUAUUCCUGUUAUUGCUUUUUGUGACCCAUCAACACCACUUCGGUAUAUCGAUAUUGCUAUUCCAUGCAAUAAUAAGGCUAAUAAAUCUAUUGGUCUUAUGUGGUGGUUUUUAACACGUGAAGUACUUCGAUUACGUGGAGAAAUUAAUCGUCAAGCUCCAUGGGAUGUUAUGGUUGAUUUAUUUUUCUAUCGUGAUCCAGAAGAAACUGAAAAAGAAGAUCAAGUCGGCGUUACUGGCCAAGAGCGUGAGGUACAACAACAUACAUCAGAUGCAAAUUAUUAUGAUGAUGGUCCAUCAAUAAUGCCUGCUUCCGAAAAUUUUGCAGGCAAUCAAGAUAAUUGGGGUGCAUCUGCCGAUGAAAAUUGGUCUGCAGGAGCCACUGGAACUACGGUUGAACCAAGAGAUUGGAGUGCAGCAGCUGCUGUCCCAAGCACUACACCUGGCUGGUGA